CACCACCGUGCAGGUUCGUGGUCUCGCGAGAAUCUUCGUGCGGCGACGGAACAAACGCGGAAAUCUAUCCGUUUCAAAGGUGUCUCGAGCCCCGUCGAAUCAAUUGGUAGCCGUGCGGCACGUCGGAAACUAGUUGAGUUGAUUUGAAUCCUCGGACCCGUGUCCCUAUCAGGAGCUGCAAAGCACGCACCGGGCCUGACAACAUGAGGUUCUUCCAAGCGUUUGAAAAAUCAUCGGCGGUGGAGCUGUACUCCUACCUUAUGCUACUGCUGGUUAGUGUUCUGCUUUACCUCGUUUCGGACUACCUUAAAAAGUGUAUCCUGGCUUUUCGAUUACCUGGCCCUACCGCUUAUCCAGUGAUUGGCAAUUGUUUGGAGAUCGCUAAAAAGGAUCUGAUCACACGGGAAAUAGCACAAGCAUAUAAAAACUAUGGCCCCUUGGCGAGAGUCUGGAUUUUCGUGUUUCCCAUGUUCGUAGUGUUUGAUCCAAGCGAUCUGAAGGUUAUACUUUCCUCGAAAAAACACACCGACAAGUCCCUGUUCUACAAGCUUCUGCACAACUUUCUCGGCCGAGGAUUAAUCACAAGCAGCGGCCACAAGUGGAGCACACAUCGGAAGCUGAUUCAACCGUCGUUUAACAUCACCAUUCUGGAGAAAUUCAUCGAAACAUUCGCCGAUAGUGCUUCUUCACUGAUCGAGAAGCUUCCCAAAGAGGAAACGAUUUUAAAUGUUACUGAAUACGUGAACAAUUGUGUGCUGGACAUUCUUAAUGAGGCUGUACUAGGAGUACCCGUCAAAGCCACUGACAAAACCGAAAUGGACCAGUCCCCCUUUAGACAAGGCAAAGUGGUGGCUCCAUAUCGUAUUACGCAUCCCUGGCUGCUUUUCAACUCGAUCUACAAACUGACCGAUGCGGCAUCGGCCGAGCUGAAUCAGAAAAAGCAAUUGGAUGAAUUUUCCAGAAAGAUGAUACAACGAAGACGCGAAGCACAGAAGACGCUGACUGCGACCGAUCGACGCUGUUUGUUGGACUUUAUGAUUGAGAUUUCGAACGAAAAUCCCGAUUUUACCGAUGAAGAUAUCAUCGAUGAAGCAUGCACUUUUAUGCUAGCGGGUCAAGAUUCAGUGGGUGCUGCGAUCGCUUUCACGUUGUUUCUGCUAGCACGCCAUCAGGACCAUCAGGCCAAAUGUUACGAAGAGGUGAAGCAACAUCUGGUACCGGAUUGUCAGAAGCUUCCAACCGCCGAAAGUAUUCGAGAGCUGCGCUAUCUGGAAGCAUGCAUUAAGGAGAGUCUUCGCCUCUACCCCAGCGUUCCGAUGAUGGCGCGUAAGAUUGGCGAAGGUGUGCGCAUAGACAACAAAUACAACUUGCCACCUGGAACCGAAAUUCUCAUUCUACCCUACGCAACCCAUCGCCUGGAGCACAUCUAUCCCGAUCCGGAGCGAUUCGAUCCGGAACGUUUCGCGGAUACCGCUCCGCACCAGAAUCCGUACGCGUUCCUCCCGUUCAGUGCCGGCCCACGGAACUGCAUUGGCUACAAGUUCGCGUACAUCGAGAUGAAAACGGUAAUUGCCCGUAUUCUGCAGAACUAUCAUCUCACGCCGGCGCCUGGAAAGGAGAAGGUUGAACCGGUGUUCCGCAUGACACUCCGGGCGAGAGGAGGCCUCUGGGUGAAGCUAACACCCCGACAGGAGCUGCUGAAGGGUACGUAGAGCGAGUGACGGCGUGCGGUGCGUUCUUCUUCUGGAACUUAAGGGUCAGUGCAUCAACUAUGUUUUAAAUGGUUAAAUGGAGUAUCAAAGUGAAAUAAAUUGUUUUAGUGAGACAAGCUAACACGA